AUGGCACAAGAACCGAUGUUCGCGCUCAUUACCGGCUGCAGCAGCGGAAUCGGAAAAGACCUCGCAAUAGCCUUUGCAACCAAAGGGGUUACCGUGCUUGCGACGGCACGAUGUGCCGAGUCGCUCGGCGACUUAACAAGCCACUACGACAACAUCGAAGCCUUUCCCCUCGAGCUCUGCAAGCUAGAGAGCAUUGAGAAGUUGCGAGACGCCGUAUCGAAGCGCACGGGCGGCCGCCUCGAUUUCCUGGUCAACAAUGCCGGCACCCACUACGCAUCAACCGCAGUGGACCUGGAGAUCGAAGAGGUCGCAAAACUAUUCCAGGUCAACGUCUUUGCCGUCAUGCGCCUUUGUCAGGUCUUCGUGCCGCUCCUCCGUCGGUCGCCUCGCGCGCGAAUCGUGCAGAUUGGGAGCGUGACGCGGAGCGUACCGGUUGUAUGGCAAGGGCCGUACAAUGCUUCGAAGGCGGCUCUGAGUCAAUAUUCCAAGACUCUUCGAUUGGAGAUGAUGCCGUUGGGGAUUGAGGUGAUUGAAAUCGUGACUGGGUUCGUGCAAAGCAACAUCCUACACCAUGGACUGCACGCUCCAGAGAAGUCACUCUACCUUCCCAUCAAAAGCACGGUUGAGGAUGUCAAGUACCGAGGGAAUGAGAACGGCAUGUCGCCACACGCGUACGCUACCUCUGUGGUCGCCAAGCUGAUGCGGCCACGAGUCAGCCCUGAAAUUUGGGAAGGCGCUUUGGCGAGAUGGCUUCGCUUUCUUGUAACGUUUCUUCCACUGCAGCUGUUGAAUUGGAUCCUCUUCCGGCGGUUUAAGCUGGACCUUGUAAAGGCCGGAUUGGACGUCACGCGACAUGGGGCUUCUGCUUGA